CUGCGUUUUACGGAGUUUCCAAUUUCAUCUUGGAAUAAAAUCCUCGCGUCCUCCAAAAUUCCCUACAGGCCAUCGAAAAGCACGCACAACAUAGUCAUGGGUCUUCUUUCUUGGUUCAGAGGUGACUCCAAACCUCAAACCCAAACAGCACCCAAGUCCGAUGAGACCCCGAAGCCCGUUCCGGGAAUGAACGGCGCUGUUGAAAUUCCCCGGUCCGAGAGUGUUACGGUAUUCGAGUUCGGGUCCGUAGCCGCUACUGCAGAUAAGGUUACGUUAGCCGGAUUCUGCCCCGUGUCCGACGAGCUCGAGCCUUGCCGCUGGGAGAUUCUGUCCGCCAAGGGAUCCGACGCUCCCCAGUUUCGUGUCGUCUUUUGACGAUGAAAAAUCGAUUGCAAGCAUGUCGAAUGUUCACAUUAGACUCUUCUUUAGUGAUUAUUGCAAUUUUAACUAAUGAGAAAAGACGUCAUUAUUCUUA